GCAGAUAUUUGACGAGAACUCCAGUUUUGUAGACCGCAGAAUUAUUUCUAUAGUCGAACAAAACUUCUUGGAGAGCCAAUGUAGGUACCUAUAGUUUUAGGUGGGUGGGACGCGACGCGACGCUAACGUCAAAAGAAAACGUGCGUCUUUCUAUAUAUUUAGACAACCAGGACCAGGUGGUUUCUUAUUUCUAGACGUGAUCUCCUCCACUGAGCACACCCGCUCCCAGCUCCACCAUCAACAACCACUGAACUAAAAACCUAUACUGUCAUGAAAUUCUUUGCUGUUGUUGGUCUAACUCUUAUCGCUUUGCUAGCACUGACACUGACAGCUUCUGUCACCACCGCAGCACCCAUUGACGAUGCCAAGAGUGCGAUAAUCAAUGAAUAUGACAACGAUAACAUCGGUGUGGAUGGCUACAAGUUCUCAUUCCUCACCAGCGAUGGGACAUCACGGAAGGAAACCGCCAUCUUGAAAAACAUCGGCACCGAUCACGAAUCAAUUUCCGUUGAGGGAUCUGUCAGUUGGGUUGCAGCCAAUGGACAAGUUUACAAACUGACCUAUAAGGCUGACGAAAAUGGCUACCAACCGGAAGGAGAUCAUUUGCCAAAAUUGGACGACUGAAAGUAUUUGUUUAUAUUAAGUUUAGAAAAAUUGGAACUGUGGAGUGCGUGAUUUGUUGUGUGAAAUUAGAUUUUGCAAUGAGAUUGAAAAUAAAAACUGUUUAGAAUUAA